CAGUUUGUUAAGAGCACUCAGGACCAUGGCUUCAUCUUUUGUCUGCUUCACCCUCCUCUUAAUCAGCAUCCACACUGCAGAUGGAUUUUUAGAGUAUAUGGUGGAACGCUGUAAAUUUAACUCCACUGAGCUGAAGGACAUGGAGUACAUCUACUCUCACUAUUACAACAAGAUAGAGUACAUCAGGUUCAGCAGCAGUGUGGGGAAGUAUGUUGGAGUCACUGAGUUUGGCGAGAACCUGGCAAAACACUGGAACAAUGAUACUGAAGAGCUGAAUUCAACGAGAAGUAAGAUAGUGACAUACUGCCUUAACAACAUUGAUAUUCAUGAUCGGGCUAUUCUAGCUAAAUCAGUUCAGCCCAGGGUCAGAAUUAAGUCCAAGACCCCGCUUUCUGGUCAACAUCCUGCCAUGUUGGUCUGCAGCGUCUACGACUUCUUUCCCACUAAGAUCAAAGUGAGCUGGCUCAGAGAUGGACAGGAAGUCUACUCUGAUGUCACUUCCACUGAAGUGAUGCCAAAUGGUGAUUGGUACUACCAGACCCACUCCCACCUGGAGUACAAACCCAGGUCUGGGGAGAAGAUCUCCUGUGUGGUGGAGCACGUCAGCCUGAGUGAACCUCUGAUCACUGACUGGGAUCCGUCCUCGGACAAAUCAACGUCUGAAUCAACGCCACUGACUGCCAUCGGAGCCUCUAUACUGACCCUGGGUCUGAUCUUACUUCUAGUUGGAUAUAUUUUCUACAGGUGGAAAGCCCGAGGUCCUACUCUGUUUUCCAAUGAAUGAGGCGGGAUCCUGAUCCUAGUCGUCAUUCUUACUGGUUGAAUACAAAAUCAUCUGGUUCGUGUGUUCAACAGACUCGUGAGUUCUAUAAUGGGCUACUCUGAAUCUGAUCCAUGACUAAACACAUUUAUAAAUUUUCACUGGAUGUCUCCAAACCACAAUAAACAGAAACUGUCA